UAGUUUUCGACCUCAGAAUGUUGGUGAUCACACUUGUGUUAAUACUUUGCGUGCUGUUCCUCUUCUGGAUUUGGCCGAGGCAACGAAAAGAUAGACCACCUACCUUCCCCGGCGCGUUACCACUCAUAGGCCAUGGGCAUCAGUUGUUUGGGAAUCGUAAACAUUUAUGGAAAUAUAUGCGGCAAUUAUGUUUUUAUUCCCUGGAGAAAGGAGGCGUCCUAGAAAUGUGGUUAGGACCACAUUCUGUUUAUAUUUUAACUGAUCCAGAUGAUAUCUUAACAGUUUCAAAUACAUGCUUAAACAAAUCGUACUUCUACGAGUUUACAAAGGAUUACGUACAAAACGGAUUAAUUACUUCAGAAGCUUCAAUUUGGAAAAAUCACCGUAAACUUCUCAAUAUGGCUUUCAGUCAAAGGAUAAUUGACACUUUUAUUGAUGAAAUGAACACACAGACGCGGGAGUUGGUCACUGAUUUAUAUUCCCAAGUGGAUAAAGGACCAUUCGACAUGCGACGGUACUUGAUAAAGUUUACCUUGAAGACUGUUAGUCGUACCUCACUAGGACUAGACGCAGAAGAUCAGGCCGUUAUAGACGAAACAUAUGUUCAUGCAUUUGAAAGCUUACUUCAAGUUUACUUGGAACGAAUACAAAAAGUAUAUCUCCAUCUCUCCUGGAUAUAUGACAGAACUCAAUUGAAGAAGAAACAAAACCAUCUAACGAACAUGUUGAUAAACAUUAUGGAUUCUGUUAUUGCUAAACGUAAAUCGGAACGGAAGAACAAAAAAAGGGAAUUUAUAGAAUAUGAUGCUGUAAAACCAGGCAAAUUUAGCUGUUUAUUAGAACACCUUCUGCAAUUAGCUGAGGACCAUAAUAUGUUGAGUGAUGAAGAAAUUAGACAGCACCUGGAUUCUUUUGUAAUGGCAGCAUAUGAUACAACAACUGGAACCCUCAUGCAUGUGUUUUUAGCAAUAGGAUCUUACCCAGAAGUACAAAAGAAAAUUCUAGCAGAAGUUCAACAAAUCCAACCAAAUAACAACGAAAACAUUUCAAAAUAUGAUUUGGCGAAAUUGCAGUAUGUAGAAGCAGUGAUCAAAGAAACUCUAAGAGUGUUUGCCCCUUUGCCAGGAAUUGCCAGGAAAAUUGAGAAGGACGUUAAGUUAAAAAACUACACACUGAGAGCGGGCAGCACUUGCGUCAUGAAAUUCUACGGUGUUAGUUACCACUCUAUGUGGGGUCCAGACCGGAAUGAGUUUAAACCAGAGAGAUGGCUUGAUCCUGCAAAGUUACCAGCCAAUCCUAAUGCGUUUUGCUAUUUUGGGGUCGGGAAACGAAAUUGUAUUGGUAAACAAUUCGCCAUGACUCUAAUGAAGAUAGUUAUUGCGUAUGUCGUACGAAACUACCACCUGGAAAGUGAUAUAAGUAAAUUAGAAUCUGAAUAUGAAGUUGUUCUCAAACCAAUUUCUGGCAAUCUAUUGAGUUUAACUUCAAGGUCGUAGGGUAAAAAGGCAUUACCAUAAUCUAAGGGAAUUUUAUACGACCAUGGUGUAAAUGU